CCCGGAUGAAGAGUAACGCCAUUAUCGCCGGAGCUGCCGAGAGCUCCCGCGGACGGCCAGUGGACACCGAACGGGCCGCGCCAUGAGGCUCCUCCCCCGCCUGCUUCUGCUUCUCUUGCUCGUGUUCCCCGCCACCCUCUUGCUCCGAGGCGGCCGUGGAGGCUCAGUAGCAGCAGCUCAAGAUCUUACAGAAGAUGAAGAAGCAGUGGAAGAUUCAGUAAUUGAAGAUGAAGAUGAUGAAGCAGAGGUUGAAGAGGAUGAACCCACAGACUUGGCAGAAGAUAAAGAGGAAGAAGAUGUAUCUAGUGAACCUGAAGCUUCACCAAGUGCAGAUACAACUAUCCUGUUUGUGAAAGGAGAAGAUUUUCCAGCAAAUAACAUUGUGAAAUUCCUGGUAGGCUUUACAAACAAGGGUACAGAAGAUUUUAUUGUUGAAUCCCUAGAUGCCUCAUUCCGUUAUCCUCAGGACUACCAGUUUUAUAUCCAGAAUUUCACAGCUCUUCCUCUGAACACUGUAGUGCCACCCCAGAGACAGGCAACUUUUGAGUACUCCUUCAUUCCUGCAGAGCCCAUGGGUGGACGACCCUUUGGUCUAGUCAUCAAUCUGAACUACAAAGAUUUGAACGGCAAUGUAUUUCAAGAUGCUGUCUUCAAUCAAACAGUUACAAUUAUUGAAAGAGAGGAUGGGCUAGAUGGAGAAACAAUCUUUAUGUAUAUGUUUCUUGCUGGUCUUGGGCUCUUGGUUGUUGUUGGCCUUCAUCAACUCCUGGAAUCUAGAAAGCGCAAGAGACCCGUACAGAAAGUAGAGAUGGGUACAUCAAGUCAGAAUGAUGUUGACAUGAGCUGGAUUCCUCAGGAAACUUUGAAUCAAAUCAAUAAAGCUUCACCAAGAAGGUUGCCCAGGAAGCGGGCACAGAAGAGAUCAGUGGGAUCUGAUGAGUAAAUGUUCCUUUGUGCAACAGUUCAGUCUUUACUUAACCUGCCCUAAUGUUUUUCGGCCUGAUGGGAAUUAGUGCAGAGAAGCCAUAUCACCAUAGAAGGCAACUACUACUUAUGUGUGGACUGAGCAAUCAGAGUCUGACGAUAAUGUUGAUGACAGUGCACUGCAUUCAUUUUUCUAAAGUAACAAAUUUGUUUUUUUUUAAAACCAUUAAAAUUUAUGUGUGCGUGUGUAUGUAUGUGAGCAGUUGGUCUUACCAGAAUCAUCGUUGAACUAUGUAAGGCGUGCCUUUAGAAUACUGAAUAUAAUGUAACUGUUGCCUCUUUCUUACUGACAUUUUCUGAUAUUUUCUCCCCAAAGUCAAUAUUUGCCCAAUAUGAUUAUAGAUGUCCUGCCUUGGAAUGUUUUAAAGAAAACAAUCUGCUUCUUCCUUAGAAUCCCAAUUGAUGGCACAAAUUAGCAUUUGGUUGUUAUUGUUGCUGUUCUACAAGUAGUAUUCUAAAGGCACAAGCAGGAGCAGCUGCUUUUAGCAAGAGUUGUUGUGGUAUUUGCUGCUGUUUACCAUGGUAUGCACCUUCAGAGCACUUCCCAAAUGAGUUCAAGGGACUUGGGGAUCUCUAGGAACAAAAUUUUGAAACAUGAAAAUUCUGCUGAAUUUAAUAUAUAAAAAUCCAGCCCCCUUUCUUUUUUAUCAAAAAGAAAAUGGUGUGUUUGUGGAAACUGAUUGUUGUGUUGUCCAUUGUUCUAUUUCUUACCCAAGGGAUUGCUUUGGAAUGAUUUUAGACCUACUUAGUUCUUUUUAAAGAGAUCAUUUGUCUCUCCUUUGUAGAAGCAUUUUGCUUAAGAAAAGUUGCCUUGGCUACAGACUAAGCAAAAGGUCAAUUUAUAGGGGCAGAGAUAUAUUCCAACUAAUUCUAAUCUGUUAUAAAAACUUAGUUGGGUAUUUUUUAAAUGGUUAACCAAUUGUUUCUUAUCUAAUCUUUUUGGGAUUUUGGUUGUUGAUAUAACUUUUUUUUUUUUUUUUUAGUUAAUCUGAAGAAUUCCAAAAUUCUAAGCACUCAGGAUCUAAAAACCAAAAUUAAUUUGGACUUCAUAAAAUCCUCUUAGAGAGUUACUUUUGCCCUAGGUAGUAAAUUAAGUUUGGCAUUAUUGCCAGACGGGAUAAAAGGUAAAGUGUAAUAGUGUGAACAAAUAAGAGGCUUUCUUUCCCCCCCUCUAUCUGUAAGCCAUAUUCUUCCAUGUAUAUUUUGUAAGGAAAUGGUACGUGAAAUUUUAGUGGCUGUUUAAUUCCUGAUUGUCUUCAUUAUAAUGAACUGGCCACUCUUCAUUAUAAUCCCCACCAGCACCCAUGCCCACACAAAAACAAUAAAACAAACAAAACACACACAGAAUCUUUCCAGGUUGUUUAAGUAUUUAAACAUCUGAGCCACAGUCAAUGACAAUAAAAUAGAAGUCAUUGUAUAGUUAUUAAUUGCAUUGCAAGUAGGGGUGAAGGUGUUAAAUUAUCUGUUGGCAUUGCUGAACUAUAAACUUUCUAUACCUGUAAUAUAAAGUGUUUGAGUUUUUAAUUGGGCUGUAUAAUCUGUAGUUUAUUUGGAAAAGCUCUAUGAGCUUUAAGAAACUGCAUGAUUUUUUGUUUAAUGUAAUAAGAAGGAGAGCCCUCCACCUCCUCAAGGAAUAUAUUCCCAGAUAUUUUUGUGAUUGUCCAAGUUUGUGAAACUACUAGAACAAAAUGCAGUGAGGUGUAGUUACAAAAUGUAAAUGACCUGUAGAGAGUUUUAUCACCUACCUGGUAACACUGAGGCAGUGGCAAAGCCACACUGAUGGACAGGUGCCAGCCCCUCUGACCCCUAAUUAAUUUGCCUUACAUACUAGCCCCUCCACUUCUGAGGUUCAUGGUUGUGCCUCAGAAAUUACUUGUCAUGUUUUACUUUUUUAGCAUAGAUUGGGAACACUUGAAAACUCAGAUGCCAGGGGUCUUCUCUAGUAUCAGUGAGUGUUGAGCAGGAACUGAGUCCAUAGUAAAUGGAUUUCAGUUCCACACAUGGUUUGUUCAAGCACACUGAAUAAGCAGCCUGUUGUUUAAAUGUAAAUAUUUGGGUGGCGUUUUUGUUGGUUCGAUAUAUUCAUUUGCUACAUCAGCCAUGAUUUCAGAAUUUACCUUUGAACAACUUGGUUUCAGAAUCUGUAAAAUGAACGAAGAAUCUUGUGUAUCAAUUCAGACAUGUGAGAAUAUGUGUUUAUAAAGUGUGGAUCUUGC